GCAUUGUCUGUCCUAUGCUAGUGAGUGCACUGUUCAUUUUUGGGCAUUACUUCCGGACAGACGGCUCUGAUAUCCUCCAGCUAUAUCUGAGCACCAUUUACCAGACACUGUGGAGUUUGCUCGCAUCUUAAAGGACAGAAAGAGUAUUUUCAUCCAGCGCUGAUACCGUUCAGGGACGACCACCUGCGCUAUCAACCGGCAAGGCGGUGGCUGUCCAAGCUUAAGGUUCGCAAUUCGCAAGCAGCGCUUACAAAGGAUCAGAACUCAUCAACCCCGCUGUGCAAUCAUGUCGACUACCGGGGAAGUCCCUGCCUUCUUCAAGAACAUGGGCUCGGGUAGCCCCAUGCCACGGCAGAAAUUCUGUGGCAUGUUCUGUCCAGUUGAAGGUUCUGGCGACAGCAAGACGUUGGAUUUCCAGUCACUGCCGGGGGGCAGUAGAAGGAGUGACGGACAGGUCAUUGACAGGCAGACGGACAUCUCCCAGCCAAGGGUCGAGAUACGGGAGAGCAGAGGAAAAUCAGCCCUGCAAAACCUGGAUGACAGGAGCGAUCGUCUCCUGAUCAAAGGGGCGAAGAUCGUGAACGAUGACCAGUCCUUCUGUGCUGACAUCUACAUGGAGGAUGGCCAGAUCAAACAAAUUGGCGAGAACUUGAUAGUGCCCGGUGGGGUGAAGAUCAUCGAUGCCCACGGGCGCAUGGUUAUGCCAGGGGGUAUCGAUGUGCACACACGCUUCCAGAUGCCCGACCGGGGCAUGACCUCAGUGGACGACUUCUACCAGGGCACUCGCGCCGCCCUGGCAGGGGGCACCACCAUGAUCAUUGACCACGUGGUCCCGGAACCCGGGGCCAGCCUGCUGUCAGCCUUUGAGCAGUGGCGUGAGUGGGCGGACAGCAAGUCCUGUUGUGACUACUCCCUGCAUGUGGACAUCACUGAGUGGCACAAGGGAGUUCAGGAGGAGAUGGAGGCCCUCGUCAAGGACCACGGUGUCAACUCUUUCCUUGUCUAUCUGGCUUAUAAGGAUGUUUUCCAGCUUACUGACUCUCAGGUCUAUGAGGUGUUCAGUGUGAUCCGGGAUCUGGGAGCCAUCGCUCAGGUCCAUGCUGAGAACGGAGACAUCGUGGCUGAGGAGCAGCGUCGUAUUCUGGAGCAGGGCAUCACUGGACCUGAGGGACACGUCUUGAGCCGUCCUGAAGAGGUGGAGGCGGAGGCUGUCAACCGCUCUGUGACAGUAGCCAAUCAGACUAAUUGUCCCCUCUACAUCACCAAGGUGAUGAGCAAGAGUGCUGCUGAUGUCAUCGCUCAGGCCAGGAAGAAGGGCACUGUUGUGUACGGGGAGCCAAUCACUGCCAGCCUGGGCACAGACGGCUCACACUAUUGGAGCAAGAACUGGGCCAAGGCCGCCGCCUUCAUCACAUCCCCGCCCCUCAGCCCAGACCCGACCACGCCCGACUAUCUCAGCUCCCUGCUCUCCUGUGGGGACCUGCAGGUGACUGGCAGUGCCCACUGCACCUUCAGCACUGCCCAGCGUGCCGUGGGCAAAGAUGACUUCACCCUCAUCCCUGAGGGUACCAACGGCGCUGAGGAGAGAAUGUCCCUCAUCUGGGACAAGUGUGUGGUGACAGGUAAAAUGGAUGAGAACCAGUUUGUGGCGGUCACCAGCACCAACGCUGCUAAGAUUUUCAACCUGUACCCCCGUAAGGGCCGCAUCGCUGUGGGCUCUGACGCUGACCUGGUACUCUGGGACCCAGAUGUCAUCAAGAUCAUCUCAGCCAAGAGCCACAACUCGAAUGUGGAGUAUAACAUAUUUGAGGGCGUGGAGGUGCGUGGCGCGCCCCUGGUGGUGAUCAGCCAGGGUAAGAUGGUCCUGGAGGAGGGGAACCUCCACACCACUGAGGGGUGCGGCCGCUUCGUGGGCCGGAAGCCCUUCUCCGACUACGUCUACAAGAGGAUAAGGGCUCGCAGCAGGCUGGCUGAGCUGAGGGGAGUUCCCCGAGGCCUCUAUGACGGGCCUGUCUGUGAGGUUUCACUCACACCAAAAACUAUGACUCCUGCCUCUUCUGCCAAGACCUCUCCAGCCAAGCAGGCAGCAGCUGGUGCCCAGCCUGUCCGCAACCUGCACCAGUCAGGAUUCAGCCUAUCUGGUGCUCAAGUUGAUGACAACCUUCCUCGACGUAACACCCAGCGCAUCGUGGCGCCACCCGGUGGCAGGGCCAACAUCACCAACCUGGGUUAACAACUCCUAUUGGCCACCAGGGGAAAUGAGGGCUUGAGGGGAGGGGCAUCAGGGACUAGGGGCCAUUCCACCAGGAGGCAAACCCUCUAGCUACAGUGCCUGACCAAAUCUCCCCUCCUCAAUCUCUCAACCCCUCUCACGCUCCCUACAUCUUUCCCCGACUCUUUCCCCCCCAACCCCCAAAUGCCCCACCCUAGAGGAGACACAUAAAAAUGAUUUGCCUCAUUUGAAGAAAAAAAAUGAAAAAACAACACUCCUAAUAUGAGCACUUUGGACUGUAUAAUUUAGUGUUUUAUACUGUACUUUCUACCUGCCAUGUAUCAUUCAGUUUAGUUUUUUAUUUUCAUGUUAUAAUAGAGGGCUGAAGUGAGACUAGACUGAGCAGUUUUAACACGGCCAGAAGGUCAAGACGGUGCUUGUUGCAUUUGCAUAGAGGAAGUGCUUUCCGUCCCUCUUUUCUCAUUUUGGAUGUAUGGUGAAUGAAGUAUGGAGUCACAAGGGCAGCAUGUUGUACUUGUGUUUUACCUUCAGAUAAUAGACGGGUUGGUUGUUUAGUAACAAAACCGACGUGUGUGCAACUAUUAGGCAAAACAGACAGUGUUGGCUUAAACUAUUGACAACAUGUAAACUCUAUUUAGUCUCCAAAUGUUUAUUGAAAACAUAAAUACAUUUGCACAAUGAGCAUUUGUCUCUCAAAUACAUUGUUACAGUUGUAAGUUUAGCUAGCUAGCGAAUUUGAGCCAUAUUAGCAUAGACAUGACAUCAGUCAAAACACCUUGAAACAAGACAUGGUAUCAAUAUCAAGAUUCAACGAGCUGAAACGAGCCACCUACAAUUCCCUACAUGGCAGCUUCCUGUCAUUGUUGCUCGCUAUUGGUCCGUUCAGAAUCAUGACAACGCACGCCUUCCGGCCACAUUGAUGCGGGCGCAUAACUUUCGUUACGUUGUCGGCCAACCCGUCUAUGGGCAAAUUAGAUUAGUUGCGCUAAAAUUGUGUAGUGAACAUGGAGAUGCUAAUAUGCCUUCCUCAAUUGAUAUGUUCACUGUCUGUGUCUGCUUUCUCUUUGUUCUCUACUGUUUAUACAGCUUCGCCCUCCAGUGUGAUUUUCAUCUCCCACACUGUUCAGAUCAGUUCACCACUGGCUAUGAUCAACGCCAUUUAUUGACUUGUUGCUAUAAGGAAAAUGAUUAUGAGACUGUAAAACCGUCCAUUGUUAUCGUUUGAAAAUCACUGCACGCUGGUAGUAAGCUGUCCUCGUCCCCAGGCUACGCGAUGAUACAUGAGAUUAGUAUAAGUCAAACCACUGUAGUGUUGAAAACCUAAUAGGAACUUGUCACUGGUGCUCACCUCAUGUCAUCCCACCCGUAGCUUUGUUAGAUUCUAGAUGAAAUGAAAAAAACAUGCCCCAUAUUUGAAAGCUGCUUGUGAAGCAGGGAAAGUCCAGUAUAGUAGGAGAAGGAGUUGGCGGGUGGUGAAUAGAACGCUGUCUCCCAGGGAGAGGCCAUUAUGGAACUUCCAUGAGAGGAGAUGUGACUCGAAGUUAGGAUGUUGGGAGGAAUGUAGCCGGGUGGAAGGGAAGGAAGAAAGAUGUUGGUGAGAAUACUAGAGAAUGCCCAAUUUCUCAUCGCAAGAUGGUGCCACACUCCUUGUACUCAGCUACGCUGUAGUACAGUAUGUGUCCACUGCCCAUAUACCUGGCUCGAAGGGUAUUGUGACCACUCACUGUUAUGGGAUCUUUAAGAUCCAUAGACCAUUUAAUUGACAGUGUUGCAGGUAAUCACAUGUAUUGGUCACAUACACAUAUUUAGCAGAUGUUAUUGCGGGUGUAGUGAAAUGCUUGUAAGAUAUCAUCCUCCCACUGUUCUAGAAUGUCCCAGUACCAACCAGUGCAUUUAGAAGACUCACAGUCUAUUCUAUUCAUCCACUCCAUUUCCCUUUUAACUCUUUAUGUGCCUGAACCCAUAGAAUUUGUACUGAUAGUUUGAUUUGUUAUUAUUCUUAUUGUGGUAAGAGAAGGAUGUAAGAUAAAAAUGUAAAAUAGCCAGUGUUAACCGAUACAAAGGUGCCAGAUUUUGUUCUUUGGUAUUCCACUGGUAGUGCUCCUGUAAAAAAAGAUCUAUGCUUAAUAUGUUGAAAAUGUUUUCAUGUUUUAGUGUUUUUAACCGUACUUGUUUCUGCUAUUUAGUGUCAUUCUGUACUUAGUGGCCUAAGGCUGAACACUAUUCAUUUGAGCUUGAAAGUAGACAUGGAGUAUUGUAUUUCUAACUAGUAUGCAGUGUUAUGUUGUGAGGGUCUGGGCGCACAUGCACACACACACACACACACACACACACACACACACACACACACACACACACACACACACACACACACACACACACACACACACACGCACGCACAGGUCUCAGUGCACCACUCCUUUGGGCCCAGACCUGGAGUGACAGUAAUGGUCCUUCACUCUCACUCGUUUUGCACGGUCUGGUUUUCAUUAAGGCAAAGCAGUCCUCCAGCUGUUUUUCUUCCUUCACUCGCAUGUCGGUGAGAUCUUGGCCUAAAAGUUGCCAUUCUGCAGUCUUCGCCUUUUCCUCUCCAUGACUUAAUACAGAGCAAAACACUCACUCAUGCUGUUAUGCACACACAGACACACACACUGUUAUGCACACACAGACACACACACUGUUAUGCACACACAGACACACACUGGUAUGCACACACAGACACACACACUGUUAUCCACACACAGAUACACACACAGACACACACACUGUUAUGCACACACAGACACACACGCUGUUAUGCACACACAGACACACACACUGUUAUGCACACUGUUAUGCACACACAGACACACACACUUGCACGCAUGCACUCACGGAACAAGUGGUGUCUGUAUGUCCUUCCAGUACAUUGGAACUUUGGUUUUCAUGGCCGUGUUAAGGUCUCGUAGGAAGCUCUUAAAAGGUCGUCUCUUUCAGGGUAGUAACAGUAUCCGUGUUUAUGGAAUCCAUAGCAGGGAAAUGAAAUGUUGACACUUCAGUGUCACUGCCUACAGGGAAUGAGAUGAGACAGGGAUGAGAGGGAAGGUGGUGUUGAGAUGUCUGCUUGUUAGUGUUCAAUCACUCAGGUGGCAGCGUUCAGGCCACUCCAGUGCUUAUACUCCAACAAAACUGUCAAAUCUCCCAUGUGAGAUGAGGGCUAGGACAAGUCUUCGUCCUCACAUGUGUAGAGUACAUGGCUGAGCAAAACAUCUCUUUAGUCUACAUUUACCUCCUCUCUUCUUCUAUCAUUCUCAUUGAGAUAUUAUGGUCAUCAUGAUUAUGAUUUUGAUUAUUAUUAUCAUGAUUAUUGUUGUCAUUAUUAUUUUUACUAUGAUCACUAACCAUAUUUAAAAUCGUUGAUUCUCCAGAUGUUGUUCUCGAUCCAAUGAAAAACCCUAUCCGGUGUAUUGGCAUCUUUUCAGCAUGAGUCUCCUAGUUGCUUGCUUAGUGUUGGAAUGCAUAUCUCUCAAACAGAAGGUGACGCAGGGUUAAAAUUAUUCAUCCCUCUAUUCCCAUAGACUGGGCUUUUUUUCACUCUGAUUUGGGGGAGGGGGGAAAGAGGGGGCUGCCGAAGCACAAAUACAUUUUGGCGGCCAGACGUACAUGAGUCCUCCUGAGACUAAAAGUAUGUCUUCGCUUGUUUCCACCCCGCUCUUCCUCUCUCUCUGGCUCUUCCAUUGUUGCCACAUUGCCUUGACCAUGAGGCCCUCCAGGCCUCACUUUUUGUUUGUCAUGGCAACGCUUGUCACAUCGUAAGUUACCCAUAGCAACCCGUCCAGACCUGGCGCUAUUAGAAUAACAUA